CCACUUUCCAAUUCCCAUCCAACGCUCCCGAACAUCCCUUCAUCUCCACCGGCGUGGUACAUUGUAACUCCCUUGCUUCCGAACCUAACUCCAAACCUCUCCUUUGGGGCGAACCUAAUUUUUUUUUUACUCUCUUCUUUAAAAAAGUAAAAAGAAAAACAAUUUACUUUUUUUUUUAUUAAUUUUAAUGUUUUAAUUUUGUAUUAUGACCCUGGUUGGAUCCCUUUAUCUUCGCUUCCCGGUCUGAAAAUCCAAUUCUUGAGAGAGAAACUAAAAAAGAAGGAAAAGAUUUUGAGAGAGAGAGAGAGAGUUUCCACCGUCGUUUUAACUGAAACUUUCCCGUUGUUUUGAACUUUUCUUCUUCUCUCUCUAAUCAAGCUUAGCCUCGUUAAUUACAGUUAAACUUUUUUAAUUAAAAAAAAAAAACGACUUGCCGUUUUUUAGCUUCUCUUGAAGAACCCUAAAGAAAGGCUCUUAGGCUUGGGGCUCAGAUCAAAAGCUUAAGUUCCUCUUUCACUCUUUUUUGUCUGAAGCUUUUGGUUUUUUAUGGAUGAUAUCUUGAAGAGCGGAGUAGUUGGAAUUUGGUGAGACUUUUCUGUGGAAUAAGGUGGUUGCGCUGUGAUGAUCUUAUAUAUGGAUACACUUAUAGUGUGCAAAAGCAUAUAGCUACAAAAUAGUGGUGGUUGGAUUUUUAAUGCCUGGUAACGAAGUUGAAGACGGGAUCCACAGUCUAUUUGAGCUAGACAACUCUCUCCAGGGCCAGCAUCUGGCACAAGCUGGGGAUGGAAAUUGGCCUGUGCUUAACUAUAAUCAGUGGGUUGGAAAGCUGAGACAGAUUGGGGCACCCCAGAAUUUCAAUUUGAAAAACUACAGCUUACAACAAUUAGAUUCUGUAAGAGGACAUGGUGAUGAAGCUUUAAGUGUGCUGCAUGACCAAAGCUAUACGCAAUUGUCUCCUGCACCUGAGUAUUCCCAAAUUCUUCCCAGAAACGACGAACUGAGUACAAAUGGCUUCUUGCUUGGGUGCCAGAGUUUUGGGAUGCAACACAAUCAACCAGGGGUUUUGUGUGACAAUAAUGGUUAUGAUCAGCAUAAUUUGAUUUCUAGAGGCUCUUCUAUCUUUAAUUCACAUCAAGAAUAUGAGUCUUGUGAGAGUCCCACCCUGACAACAAAUUCAGAAAGGUCGGAAAUUACUGAAGCUUCUACUGAUUUAAACUUUCUUAAAGGGCAACAACAACUUUUGAACACCCCACAACUGGGUAUUCAGCAACCUCUACCCAUGCAGCAGUCUGGCUAUAGUGACAUGCACUUGUUGCAGCAGCAUUUAAUGAUCAAGCAGCUGCAAGAUCUUCAGAGACAACAGCAACUUCAACAGUUUGGUGAUGUGAGGCAGCAGAAUACUUUAAACCAACUUUCUGCUAUCGCCAAACAGUCUGCUGCUGGUCAGUUCUCACCUCUCAUUAAUGGAACACCUGUUCAUGAGGCAUCACAAAUGUUUAUGAACAUUGUACAGCGAGGUACAUCUCCCACUACUCCAGGAGCUUCUAACAGAGUUGUCUUUCCACAAGAUCAAGGUCAGGCUUUCCGUUCAAUUGGUCUAAGUUCUCAGCAGCCUGAUGCAUCUUUAUAUGGUACUCCUGUUGCAAGUGCAAGAAGUAAUAUGAGUCAAUAUUCUCAACAAGGAAUCUCUAAUGAUGCUGUUAAUUUGUUGACCAAGGCUGGUGGUCAAGCACAGAAGCCUACCAUGCAGUCCUCAGGCACAUUCUUAAGAGAUCAGUACACUGUUUUGCCAGAUCAGAUCCACAUGUCACAAGGUGCUUUAAUAUCCAACCCGGGAUUCCAGGGGAAAGAUAUAUUUGGACCAGCUUCUGUCCAGAGCAUAAAUAGUGGGAAUAUGUCUGCAAGCUUCCAGGCUGGAAAUGCUGCACAAAUCAAUACAUCUGCAAAGGACUACAAUGGGAGGCAAGAGCGAGCUGGUUGGCCUGCAAUGCAGCAGAAAACCACAGAGAUUGGUCCCUCUCAGGGUUUGGUUCCUUUGGACCCAAUGGAAGAGAAGCUAUUAUAUAAUAUGGAUGACAACUUCUGGGAUGCCUCCUUUGGCAGGCGCAAUGAUUUAGGUGCUGGAAGUUUCAGCAAUGCAUUGGAGAACUCAGAUUUUUCAUAUGCAUUUCCAUCUAUUCAGAGUGGGAGCUGGAGUGCUUUAAUGCAGUCUGCUGUGGCUGAGGCUUCUAGCAGUGAUACUGGGCUGCAGGAGGAGUGGAGUGGAUUGACAUUUCAGAAUACUGAACAGUCAACUGAUAAUCAGCUUUCAAACUUCGUCGAUAGUGAUAAGCAACAGGCAGGUUGGAUUGAUAGCAACCUACAGAGUGCUUCCUCCUUUAGUUCAAAACCUAUGCCCAUGUUCAAUGACUCUGGUGUAAGCUCUAGCUUCCCUGGUUUUCAGCAGCCUAGCACUCAAUUUUCAACUGAACAGGGAGAGAAUCUACCCCCUGAUGGAUCACAUGGGUCUUCUGAAAAGAAGUCCCCCAAAGUCACGUCUGAGUGGGUAGAUUGUGGUGCUCAACAGAAGCAAUCCUUUGAGGGAGGGCAGCAAGUUCAGUCAUAUGUGCAUUUAGAUAAUACUUGGGCAGGUCGGAUGUACGAGCAUUCAGACAGUGGUGCACAUCAGCGGAGGACUACCUCACAUGAAGAUUUUGGCCAACCUUAUGCUAAACCUAAAGGUAGCGCUAAUGAUGGUUGUUUGUCGAAGACAUCAACUGGAGGAGUGGAGCAAGUACAAUCUGGCACAGAUAAUAAUCUGUUCAACAGAAAAGAUUCACAGAUAAAAAAUAACCAGUCAACUGGUCAACAAGUCAUAGAUAAUAAUAGAUCUGAUUACAUGAGACAUGCUGAUGUCUCUGCCACCAAUGAAAGUGAGAGUACAGGGAAAAAACAGCAUCAGAUAAGCAAUGAACCUCGUGGUAUUGCUAGCUCUUGUGAGGGAGAAGGUGAAAUAUACGUAAAUCAGCAAAAGAGCUACCAAAGGCAGGCUUCAAAUGAAAGCUAUUAUUCCAAAGGAUUAAGUGGCCGUGACCAUGGCCAGGUCAAGUUUUUUGGUGAUGUUUCUAGUGGCAAUACAAACUUCAAUGAGGUGCGGUCACCUUUAGAAGAGGUAACUUCAAGGGAUGAUAUCAAAUCAGUUGGCCCUGAUGGAUCAAAAACUGCUUCUCAGACAAGUCAACAUAUGCUUGAGCUACUUCACAAGGUCAACCUUUCAACGGAGGGUGGUGCCAUGGCACAUUCUGGCUCUACAGACUCUAAUGCAUUGGCCAAAGUUCCUGAUGCAGAUGCUCAUAUGUCUGUUGCUCAACUAUACAACCAAUCUUCUGCUUCUCAAGGGUUUAGUUUAAGGUUGGCCCUCCCAUCCCAACGGCUGCCAAAUCCAAACCAUUUCGUCAAUUCUCAGGGUUCACCACAGACCCUAAGUUAUCUAAAAUCAGGGCAGGUCAAUCAGACAUGGGCUGCUCCCCCAUACUCUGGUCAAUCUUUGCCUCCAGCAAAUGAGUUAUCUCAGAGAGUACAUUUGGAUGCUAAAUCUAGUACAUUUGGACAAACAGGUGUCAACGCAUUCUCAAACAUGAAGGGUAGCGCUGUUGCAGCCUUUGUAUCCAGUCUUCCACCACUAAGAAAUCAAAUACAAAUGCCAAACAUGCCUAAUUCACCCAUAGUAUCUCAAUCAUUACAGGCAACACUGUCAAGUGCUAGUAGGAAUCCCCCUUUUAACCUUGCCACCUCUCAAGAUACUUCUCGACAGAUUUCUACCAAUCAUUUUGGUCAGCAGUUUCCAGUUUUGGAGGCUUCACAGGUAUCUCAGCCUUCUAUCAUGUCAGGCAUGUCAAGGCAGGGUGAAUUUUCAGCAAUGCAAAAUGCAUGGACAACUCUGCCAACUCAGCAGAAUCUUUCUGUUUUAGAACCUCUCAAGGUUCCUGCCAGCUUGCCUCCCUCCAUGGAUCCCACAGAUAAUAGUAUAAACUCCACUAAAGGUGGUUAUGGAGAAAUGCAGGCAGGAAAAGAUAGAUCCCUGCAGCAAAUGUCUUUUGAGAUGACAGAUUCUUCCCAGCUAGCUAUUUUCUCUAGAGGAGAAGAACCUUCACAAAAGCAUUGCUUAGAUGCAAGUGCUCUGCCCUCUUCGUCAUCGUUGUCUCAUUCUAAUCAAGAGGUCCUUGUUGGGAUGAAACAUGAUAAUAACCAAGCCUCUAUGACUUCUGAGAGAAACUUUGCACCUGCUGCCCAUUCUUUGAAACCAUCUAGUAGUCUCCAGCAAAAUUACUCUCUGUUGCAUCAAAUGCAAGCAAUGAGUACUGCUGAGACUGAUCCAAUUAAGAGUGCUGAUGACACUCAGCUGGUUGUUUCUGUGGCGGGACAGCAGUUGCAUGAACAGAAUUCAAGGUUGAGAAACUCUAUGGAUAGUGGACCAAAUUCAGCAGCAGGUGGGGAUAACAAAACUCUAAGCUUCUUCACAGGUUCAAGAGAAGAUCCAAGUGUAAAAGCUUUGUCACAGAAUGCUCUCCAAAAUAUACCUUCCCAUGAAAUGGUCAGAUUUGGUGAAAAUAAUUCUCAGAGCCAAUCUGCUAGCAGCUCUUAUGUAACUAAUCAUACGAACCAUGGCCAGGGUAACCUGCAUAUUGCACCCUCUUGGUUUAAGCAGUAUGGGACCUUCAGAAAUGGGCAGAUGCUUUCAAUGUCUGAUGCCAGGAUUACAAAAUCUGUCUCAGGACAGUUCUCCCUCUUGAAGCCAACUCAGAAUCUGCAUAUUCAUGCCACUGUUGGGCAAGUAGAUGCUGUGGAGGCUGGUCAAGCUGCUAUUGCCAGGCCAGGCUCAGCUACCACCUUGGUGGCAGAUGAACACUUUUCAGCUCCUUAUGUGUUGCGUUCAAGUAUCAACAAUCAAAAUUUUGUUACCACAAGACCAAAGAAGCGAAAAGCUAUGACAUUUGAUCUUCUGCCAUGGUGCAAAGAAGUGUCACAAGGUUCCCAAAAACUUCAAAAUAUCAGUGUCUCAGAACAAGAGUGGGCUGAGGCCACAAAUCGGUUGUGUGAGAAGGUGGAAGAUGAGGUUGAAACACUUGAUGAUGUGCAUCCACUGCUUCGAUCAAAGAGGAGGCUUGUGUUGACAACACAGCUUAUGCAGCUAUUGCUUAAUCCUGCACCAGCAUCUAUUCUCAGAGCAGAUGCCACCUCAAACUAUAAUAGUGUAUCAUACUUUAUUUCUAGAGUAGCCCUAGGUGACGCAUGCAGCCUUUGCUGUGGUGUAAGAGAUAAUAUGCAGCUCUCCUCUGACAACAGUAACAUGAUCUCUGAGAAGCUGAAAACUUUCGAGAAAACUGGUGACCAGAAAAUUUUGGAAGUCAUGGAAGAUUUUACUGAUAGAGCUAAGAAACUAGAAAACGACUUCCAAAGAUUGGACAAGACAGUGUCAGUUCUAGACAUCAGAGUGGAAUGUCAGGAGCUGGAACGUUUUUCUGUCAUCAACCGAUUUGCCAGAUUUCAUAUCCGAGGACAAGGAGAUACCUCUGGCGCCGCGUCGUCCUCUGCAUUACACAAACCAGUUCCCCAGAGAUAUGUCACAGCACUUCCAAUGCCUAGGAAUCUACCUGAGGGGGUACAAUGUUUUUCACUGUGAUCAUGAUUUUAACUGAUCCUCUCUCAAAAUGAAUCUUGUUUUCAUCUAUUCUCUGCAUGCAAUAUCAACGCAUCUCUCCAUGAUCUCUCUCUUCGCUAACCUUAAUGCUGGCAAGCAAGAAAGACGAGAAUGCAUGAUGGAAUGCUGGACGGGUCAACCUUGUAACUGAGGCCCUCAGUUAUUUUGAGUUGAGGCCAUCAUUGUAAUUUUUGAGAAAGUAAAUAUUGUUUCUUGUAUAUUUGCAUGAAAGUCCAAGGAGAAUAGGAGUAUUCUAAGUAUCUUUUGAAAGGAGCAAGAGGAUCGUAUCAGUAUGAAUGUCUUUUAACUUGUUACAUAAAUAGUGGAAUUUAGCUUGCCUAGAACGUUGAUAAUAUUUGGAUCUUCGCCUUUGUUGGGUACACUUGGGUCUUCUUUUUCCUUUUCACUCUUUCAGUUGUAUUCUGUUAUGAGCUGGAAGGACAGGAGACCAGCAAUUAUUCAGCAAAUGAAAAUAUUUAUGGCAGGCACAAGAAGUUGGAAUUUUAUAAUGUCUAGGGUAUGUUA